AUGUUGUCCAGGGUUCGGCGGCGCGCGGCCCGCAACUCAUGCAUGUUGAGUUCGCCGCCGCUGAUCUUGAUCGCCGCCUCGAGCGCCCUCGGGUCGGGCCAGAGCGAAAUUCUGGGGAGGAACCUGAGCUCGGCGAAGGGCGUCGACCCCCCCGCGGCAGGGGAAGGCCUCCCCGCCAAGGUGUCCCCCCUCACAAGCCUUGCUCACGCGCGCGCCCUCACGGAGAAGGAGGCCGCCGAGAACCCUCCUGAAGGGCCGUACUUCGUGGUGCCGCCGGCGACCCACGUGACCACGAGGGCCGGACAGGCGGCGGCGCUCACCUGCAUCGUCAAGCAGCUGGGAGACAGACAGGUGUCGUGGAUCCGCGGCCGCGACCUGCACGUGCUCAGCUCGGGCCUCGUGGCCUUCUCGUCCGACUCGCGGGUGAGCGUGGCCAACGUGGGCGACUCGUGGACGCUGACGGUGCGCUACACGCAGCCCCGCGACGCCGGCUCCUACUCGUGCCAGGUCAACACGCAGCCGCGCAUCGCCACCUGGUACAACCUCACAGUCGUCGAGGGUAGUUUAAGUGGUGCUGCGACCAUGUCCAUGAUGAUUUUAGAACAACGGGCUCUGUACAAGCGCACAGUCGUCGAAGCGCGAGCCAACAUCCAGGGCAAGGAGACGCUGUACGUGCAGAGCGGAAGCACCGUGACUCUGGAGUGCGUGAUUCGGGAGGAGCUCGUCAUACCCGGUCUGGUUCUGUGGUACCAGGACGACCGCCUGGUGGACCGGGGGUCGGGGCGCGUCACGGUGGACACCACGGUGGGCGACGUGACCACCAGCAAGCUCACCGUGGCCGUGGCCGAGAAGAGGGACUCCGGCAACUACUCGUGCUGGCCCUCCGCCGGCCGCCCCGACAGCGUCAUCGUCCACGUGAUCCAAGAGGAAAAUGAAAGAGGAAUCCCGGCGUACUGCACAAGAUCUGCACAAGCCCUUGUAAAUGUGUUCGUUCUCACCUUCCCCAACAGCCAGAAUCGUGACCCAGUCCAUUCCCGAGUCACGGUACCCUAUCCAGCGCCGUACUCCUAUCCUGAGCUUUACGCUAAGACUCCCUAA